AUGGAUACAAGAGUGCAUGAAGACAGAGACCUGGUAAGGGCCCUAGAGGACAAGGUGAUCGCUGAGGGUGAAGAAAUCCGGCGUUUACAACACGCCCUGGCCGAACUACAUCAGAACCAGAGACUGACUGACGUGGUCAGUCCCCCACCCCUGGGCCACCUUAUACACUUUGGACAUGAAAACCAUGCCGAGGAAGUGAGUGAGGAGGAAGACCUACAACAUGAUGCAGAGUAUGGAAUAAAAGGCAGGUUCAAAGGUGCAGUGGUUGAACUGACAGGACACCCUCAUAACACCCGAAGCAAGACCGCCCAGAGGGGAGGGAUGCAUCCACUGAGACAACAGGUGGGAGGGACAUCCACCUACAAACCAUGGGGACAUCGAGAUCUACAAACCCUAGUGGACGCUUUGCCAAUUCCAGAAGAGUCCGGAUACAACAGUACAUACAUCUACACUUUCCCACCUGACAAGGAACCUAUAGUGGAGUGUCUGAUUGGAGGUAAACAACAGAGGAUGCUUAUUGAUACAGGCUGUACUUGGUCAUCUGUACAAAGCACUUACCCACUCACCACAAGAACACAAGCUUUCACAGGGGUCUCGGGAACAAUCAUGAGAAAGCACUUCACCAUCCCUUUAGACGUUUGCUGGGAUGGCCACACCUACUCUCACCAAUUUCUAUACAACCCUGAGUGCUCUGUAGGUCUGAUGGGGAGAGACCUACUUUCCAAAUUAAGGUGCACCAUCUUUUGCAAUGGCAACGGCCUCCAUGCUACAAGUAUAUCCCCAACUGAGCUACUCCCCAUACUUAUGACAUCAUCAGACCCCCCACGCAUGUUAUACCUAAGUGAUGACAUACCUGAGGAAGAACCAUCCCACGUCUACUGGCUGAGAUUACUGGACAGUGAUCCGGACACCCCACGCGUGUGUAAACAAUUCCAGGACUGGAAACCAUGGAUACAGACUCUAAAUGCUUACCAUCCACCCGAUGACCCCCCACACCUCACAAUGAACUACUGUGAGAACAAAGAUGAAAUCUAUGACGAAGCAUGGCAUGAAAACAUGGUAGACCGGAGACCAUUGGUAACAUGCAAACACAUCUUUAUCCUUAAGGAAGGGGUUGCCGCAAACUGCAUGGCAAUGGACGGAGACAUCGAUCUUUUGGAAGACUGGUACACUAUGCUAUCUGAUUCAGCUCCCCAUGUUACCCUUAUGAUUGGUUUUGGGUAUGAGGCUCGAUCUCUCGGCCCGGCUGUAAGAGCGGCAGACAAACUCAUCUGGACCCAAACACACAUCCCUAACCUUGAUACCUCUUCCCUGAAGGGUGAAACCGUCUGGAGGAUUAGGGUGUGUACUGAGGACACUUCCGUUCCAGAGGUAGUUCGGAGACCCAGACACCAUGGAAGAGAGAUGACGGACCACCCUGAUACUGACAACAUGCUGACCCGGAUUCCAGCACAACUAUGGACCACCAGUCCUGAGGAUGUGGCCAUAGUGGACGUUUCCCCUGUGGAAAUCCAGUUAAAACCAGAUGCACAAAUCCCUGUUUACAAACGUCAAUAUCCAUUGAGCAAAGAAAAAGUAGAAGGUAUUGCCCCAACCAUCAUCGGACUCACUCGGGGUGAGGUUCUGUUCCCUACUGAAUCCACUUGGAACACUCCCAUUCUCCCAGUUAAGAAGGGUGACACAGGGAAGUGGAGAAUGGUGCAAGACUUCAGACCGAUUAAUGAUGUUACCAUACCAGAUGUUCGCCCUGUCCCUGACCCAUACUUGGCUCUACAAAACAUCUCACCAACCCAAGACUGGUUCUCUGUGAUUGAUCUAGCAAAUGCCUUUUUCUGCAUCCCACUCCAUGAAAACUCUCAACCACUCUUUGCCUUCACAUUCCAAAAUCAAUGUUACACUUACUCUCGUCUGCCACAAGGCUACCGGGAUUCCCAUGGAAUCUUCAAUGCUAUUCUGAGAGACCAUCUGGAGGAAUUGGCCCUACCUGAAGGUGUGACACUUCUCCAGUAUGUUGACGACCUUCUGCUGGCUGCUCCCACUGCCGAAUCCUGUCUUCAGGCAACUGAACUGUUGCUACAGCACGUUGCCACCAAAGGCUACAAGGUUAAGAGAGAGAAAGUACAGUGCUGUAGAAAAACCGUUCAGUUCUUGGGAAGAGUUUUGUCUGGAAAAGGGCAGGCGGUGUCCGCAGCACAAAGAACCACCAUUCUGGAACACCCAAAACCCACCACAGUACAACACCUGUUGUCCUUUCUUGGCCUAACUGGCUAUAGCAGGACCCAUGUCCCAGAAUAUUGCCUAAAAGUGGAACCACUCAGAGCCAUUCUUCGUGAAGCUGGAAACAGAAACCUAACAGCCAAACUCUCAUGGACCAUUGAAGCAGAAACAGCAUUCAUUGCUCUCAAACAAACCCUUGCUCAAGCUGAGGCUCUCUCUUUACCAGACUACACCCUGCCUUUCAUGCUGGAUGUUUCUGAACAGGACGGAUAUGUACAUUCCAUCCUUUAUCAGAAACAAAAGGGGGAGAGGAGGGUACUUCACUACUUUAGCGCAAAAUUGGACCACAUUGAAUGCGGACAAACUGACUGUGCAAGACACAUUGCUGCUCUAUCCAGAGCCAUUGGGAAGACCGCCCACAUUGUCAUGAGACACCCUUUGGAAAUAAACACAGACCACGGAGUAACAGCUUUUAUUGGUUCUAAGCUGUUCACCCUGUCCAGCAAAAGAAAAUCUAAAAUAACCAAAGCCAUUACAGCCAAACACAUCACCUACGUCACACAGACGACCAACAUGACUGAUGGAAUGGGGAAUGGACAGCCACACAGGUGUGAGGAUCGUGCGGCCCUCCAGGUUAAAGUGAGGAUGGACCUCCAGAACACACCACUUGAAGGACCAGCGGAAACACUCUUCACAGAUGGCAGUUGUUACAGAUCUCUGACGCCAGGGGAAGGGAACAUUGCCUCAUAUGCCGUAGUAAGACAGGACACAGACGGCAUGAGCCACGAGGUACUAGAAGCAAAGAAACUGGAGCCAAAGGACGCCUCCGCCCAACUGGCUGAACUCCGAGGACUGAGGAGAGCACUGGAAUUGUGUACAGGAAAAGUGGCCAACAUAUACACAGACUCAGCAUAUGCACAUGGCAUUGCACACAUAGAUGGGCCCCAAUGGAUGAGAAGAGGAUUUUUAACCAGCUCGAACGAACCCAUCAAACACAGACAGGAAGUUCAGAAAUUAAUUGAAGCCAUAAUGCUGCCUACAAAAGUGGCCAUUAUCAAAUGCAAGGGACACAGCCGAGAAAACACCAAAAUAAGGGAGGGAAAUGACCAAGCGGACCAAGCCGCAAAAACAGCAGGGGGUUACGUGGCACAUCAAAUGAUACAAAGAAACGGGGAACCCCAAGAAGAACUAACCAUGGACAUUGUAAAACAGUUACAGGACGCAGCUGGUGUAUAUGAACAAAACACAUGGAAAAGAUGUGGGGCACGAAGAGACCACCAAGGGAUCUGGAGGUCACAUGAAGGAAAAACAGUAGCUCCAGCAAAACUGCUAAGGUCCAUGAUAAGAGAAGAACAUAACAAAGCUCAUGGAGGCUGGAAGAGUGUGGCACAGAGAUUGGGGACUGCCUGGUCACACCCUCACCUUCUGGACAUGGCAAGGGAGGUCUCGGAGAGUUGUGAAGUGUGCAAGAACUACAACAACAAGGUAUCUUUGGGAGCAAUGAUUGGGAGCUUCCCAAUUCCUGACGCACCCUUCCAAGACGUAUGCAUUGAUUUCACAGACAUGGGCAUGGACAAUCGAGUGGAAGGGAAAAGAUACCUACCAGUGAUGGUGGACAGGUUUACCAGGUGGGUCGAGGCCAUACCUACUGCAAGGGAGGAUGGGAAGACUGUGGUAAAAUGGCUGAGAAGAGAGUUGGUACCUAGAUUCGGGGUUCCUAGGCUUAUCCGAUCUGACAAUGGCUCCCACUUCCGGAAUGAACUACUAAAAGAAGUGGAACAGGCCUUGGGCAUAACCCAUAAGUUCGGUUCUGUGUAUCGCCCCCAAUCGCAGGGCCUUGUGGAACGCGCCAAUCAGACGCUGAAACGGAAGAUGGCGAAGAUAAUGGCUGGAACAAAACUGAAAUGGGUGGAUGCACUACCUUUGGCGCUAAUGUCCAUGAGAACCUCUCCAGGGUCUGACACAAACCUCACACCACACGAGUUAAUGACAGGCAGAAGAAUGCCAGGGCCUCCAAAUGACAAUCUUAGUUUGCCAGGGCUGGACAUUGCUAAAAUCAGAUACUCAGAUUACAUGCAGGCUCUAACUUCUCUUGUCCAAAGACUGUCCAAACAGGUGGUGGAGGUGCGGACCCCUGGUGUUGAGACCACAGACGAAAACAGAGACGUGCAGGUGGGAAGCUGGGUGAGGGUGAAGGUGCACUCCAGAAAGUGGACUGAGCCCAGGUGGAAGGGUCCUUACCAAGUCAAAGAGGUGGCAAGUCAUUCGUUAAGGGUAAGCAGAGAACAAGGGGAUACUUGGUAUCACCGAGCCCACUGCGCAAAAGACUCCACACCAGAGCUAUCCCUUGAACAAGUGGCAACUGAUCUAGCUGAAAUCCAAUAGU